CUUGCUUAGCUUAUACUUAUGCUGAUAAAGAAAGGAAUCCAGCCAAUAGACUAAUAAAGCAGUUCCGUUCCUUUCCAUUCCAUUUGACUGUUCACAAUUCCCAACCGAAGCGAUGUCUACGAAGCCAUUUCCUGUAGUUCCUCCCCGGCCGUCGCGGGCUCCCAAUCCUCGAUCACCUCCAAACCCCGAGAUGCCAAAAGUGCCUGCUCGCCCGAACAAUCGCCGCAUUGACCGCUCUGCCUCUCCCAAUUGCGAUAGCUACGCCCCGUCACCAUUAAACGAGUUGCCAGCUGGGUCGGGUACGAGACGCCGACACUCAAACGAUGCCUCUAAUACUCCCGCUCGCCCGCCUAGUGUUACCCUACCCUCGGUUGGCCAGGAAGGGAUGGAGUAUGAAGGUCUAGAAUACCAGAAUUCAAGCGCGGAUAACAGGGAGAAAAGUCACGACCCUCCUAUGGAAACACGGAAUGUGAAUCGCGACCUACAUCUUCACGCUCCAAAGCCAUCGUUACCAAGUUCCAGCGCUGAAGCGCAGGUGCGGGCCGUUACCCGAACAGAUUCGCAACAGGCUGCCGCUGCAGGCAUUGGGAAUGUUGUAUCCUCUCCUGACUACGGUGGUGCGGAGCGCUCGAGGCCCAGCCAUAUGGAAACCGACGGGUCUCGGCAGGGAUCUUCUACUUCUUCAACAAAUCGUCGGACAUCCAUACAGUAUGGAGAGGAAGGAGGCAUUCCUGAAAUUGGCCAGCGCGUGCCUAUGGAUCCUAAUGCAGGCGACGUGCAAGCGCCGUCGCCAUCUCAAUUUGGUGAACUUGGCAAUGAAGGUGGACAACAGCGGCAUGGGCGCAACCAUCAGCGUACUAAAAGUGGUCGGGAAGCUUCCCUUCCACCGGGUAGCUAUGGGCUUCGCGGCCACGGAGUACAACCAAGCGACAGGUUUGAGAAGGCGUGGUUUGACAAGCACCCUGAUGAACUGGCACGCGAGGAGCAGUCCCAGUAUGGACCGGGCCUGGGCCAUGAGCGACCGGAAUGCGCCUUAAGCAGCGAUGAUUUAAAUAAAAUCGUGAGGAGAUCUGCAAGUACAGGGGUUGGUUUGGCAACUCAUGCGAACGUUGUAGGCACACCGCAAGAAGAGCUGGCAUACGUUGCGACUGACGAACUUGCUUCUCGGCUUGCAUCUGCAGCUCCUGAGUCUCGCUUGUCUAAAGGUGAGUAUCUCCAGUCGCAGGGCCUAGUAGAAGCCCCCAUAAAGGAAUCUGUUGUUGCUGGCGCAGCAGAUACUGAACAUAGUGUUUCGGAAACAGACACUCAUGAGAAGGAGGAGGUAAUCCAUAUUGAUGAGCCGCUUCAUAGCCAACACCACCCCGAUGGCUUUGCCCCCGCACCAGAGGAUCACAAACCACAUGGCGCCCAGCCAUUGGAGGAGCCUGGUUGGGCUGAUGAAAACCCAAAUGAAGCACCCGUCCUCGCAGCGGAUGAAAUUGAACCACGUGCAGAGCAUUUACAACCUGCGAUCUCGCCCGCUUUCGAGCUCGGCUCUCCCGGUGUGAACGCCCACAGUCGAUCAAAUAGCCGUACAGAAAUCGCGCAAGUAGCCAGACCUCCAGUACUCAAGGUACUGUUCAACAUUGACGAGCUUGUCCCGCAGCGGGGACGUGAGGAAAUCCAUACGAACUCGAAGACGUUAAAGAUUACACCUGCAGAGCGAUUUAAACGUCGUUCUGAGCAACAUCGAUUUCCUAGCAAGGAUAUUUGGGAAGAUGCUCCGGACAGUUUACAACUGGAGGCUACAGUCACAACGCCCGAUGUCCCAAGUAAGUCUAGCGAUAACGAGAAGUCCCCGUUAGAGCCUUCAGAGGAGGAAGCUUUGCAGAACAAGCGAACAACGUCUUCAAAGCCCAGUUCCCCGUUAAAGGAGCUUCAGAGUCAUCUUGAGGAUGAAAAGCCGCCUAGGGCGGAAUCCAGACAGCGGUUCCCGAGUAAAGAUGUUUGGGAGGAUGUUCCUGACAGUCAGCGGCUUGUAACUACUGUUCAGACGCCUCAGGAGGGAGAGAAGUCGACUUCCCCUGAAAGCCCAACGAAACCUGCACCCACCAUUCCUGCGCGACCUUCAAAAUCGAUAAGCCCCGUAGAGGGAAAAGCCCCAAGCCCAGCUGAGUCUAGAAAACCGCCUACAAUCCCUAGCCGUCCAAAACCUAAGCCCCCUGCACGACCAGCAAAACCGUCAUCACACAAUUCUGACGAGAGCAUAACAACAACCGUAUCUGCUGGCUCUCCUGAUGCUCUGGCAGCACCGCCAUUCGUAAAGCCAAAACCUCCUAUUCCCACUCGACCUGGUGGGUCCAAAAUCGCUGCUCUGAAGGCCGGAUUUCUUUCACAAUUGGAGGGUCAUCUGAAGUUGGGACCGCAAGGCCCUAAACCUCAAGAAAAGAAGCCCGAGCCCGAAGAAACUGUUGAAAAGGUGCCUUUGAGCGAUGCUAGAAAGGGUCGAGCGAGGGGUCCAGCGAGAAGAAAACCCGCUGUUCCAGUUGCAGUAACCCCUGCAGAACCCGUCAGAAAGCCAGCUCCAGCUCCCCCCAAGAUCAAAGUCGUGAAUGCAUGGAAUGUAUGGCGGAUCGGGGGAGAUGGGGUUCUCGUUGUAGGCGACACCUCCCCCGCCAAGGCUAGAUCUGCAUCACCACCAGAUUUACCUACUACCACAAUUCCCGAGUCACAACCUAGCGCGCUUUCGGAACAGGCGGGUUCCCCCUCUUCUACUACUGCCACUACUGCCACUCCCACUGUACCCCAAGCUCCCGAUACGAACAUAGAUAUAGAUGCGGGCUCUUCCCCCGAGACGACAUCGAAACCCGCGCCGACGAAAGAAUCCGAUGAACCUGCUCCCGUUGCCCGCGACUCGACAGCGACGAGCUCGUCGUCACCAUCACGAAAUCCAGAACCCACCCCAUCCACGUCAAGCCACGAUGAUGGUGAUGGUGAUGGUGAUGGUGAUGGUGACGGUGACGGUAAUGGUUUAGAGGCAGAACCACCGCAACAAGAACCACUGGUCGAAGCUGAGGUAGAACCUGGCGAUGAGACCCCCCUUGUGGCUGAGCCUGGUCAGGAAAAGUCCGGUUCGCCGGCACUAGAUGAUGCAGAUGUUGUUGAGCAAACUUCCGCACCGACUGAACCGCUAGAGAAAAGUGCUUCGGGAACUUCAGACUCUGCUGGUACUAGUUCGUAGUAAAGGUAGGUGGGUUGGUUGGAUUGGUGUGGAUUGGGAGAUGGGAUGAGUGUUUUCAUUUAUGAACAGAUCAUUUUCCCUUUUCUCGUUAUUUUCUCCACCCCCUUUUCUCCCCCAACUUGUCUUGUCUCCUCGCUUAUUGACAGCUGACUCGAAUGCACAUAACACUUCUCUUCUAAAGCAAGGAAAAAUAACUGGAAAUAAAUGUUGGGAAAUCUCCUGAUUCUCUAGAAACCAUGUCAUUUUGCACACAAUUUACUUUUUGCUCAAUAAUUAAUUGUAUUCAUUAACUUACGUUUUUUCUCUUACAUCCAAACCAUUUAUUUAUCUUUCUUGACCCGCUUCUAGUUUCCAGUCUUCCUCUCUCCCUUACUUCCCUCCUGCUUCCCUUAACUUACAACACGUUAAUAUGUUAAAAAUAGCCCACCACUUGGAUAAAAUAAAAUAAUAAAACGGGGGCAAACUUGGUUGGAAACAAGUUACCUUAGCCACCAAUUUCUUUUUGAAGAUAGUAAAAUAAACUCCUUUCCUCCCACCAUCACUAUUUUACGCUGUCAGAAAGCCUAUACAUAUAUCUCCGUUUGGAUUUACGAUAGGUAGUUAAGUCGAAGCAGUUGUAUAGUGAACUUUAGGCAUCCGUGUCCUCUGUCUCUCUUGUCUCUCUCUCGCCCCUUUUCCUUUUUCCCUCCAUUCCCACCGCAACUCUUAAGCGAUGCACAGCUCCGGUCCUUUCAUAAGAAAUGUGCUGUAUGAAAUCGUUUCAUCGUGGUUGAAUAGCUUUAAA